CUCGGAUACAUUCAGUGAGUUACAAUCGACGUAAUGCAUUUCGAGGUGGCGUUGACGCUGCUGUUAAUGCUCGGGUGUGCGCAUGGUCGCUACCUGGGCAAGGAGAUAGGCGCUCUGUCCCGGCUGCAACACGGCGUGCGCGGCGCGCUGUUUGCUGUCGACUCGCGGACCCUCUAUCUCCACGAUUUCCACUAUGAUGGCGCCGGACCAGCGGCGUAUUUCUUCGUGGGUACAUCGAAGGGGCCGUCAUCGUCUGGCGUGCGGCUACGCGAUGAGCGCGGCGGUGCGAGCCCACUGAGGGCCUACCGCGGGGAGGGGCUUACACUGUCGCUGCCUGAAGGACACACGCUACGCGAUCUGCGCUGGUUCUCCGUCUGGUGCGACGAGUACGCGGUAAACUUCGGCAGCGUGAGUAUCCCGAGCGGGCUGGAGUACCCGUAUGGCUAUGGCAGGUGCGUCAGUAUGGUUUGUGUUUCAGACGCCAAGUUCUGGGUGGGAAGGGGAGAGACACCCUCGCCGCAGGGCAUCCGCAUACCCGAUGAGAACGGCAAGGAGGAGCCGCUGCGAAAGUACGACAACAAGACCAUUGUCCUCACUCUGCCCGGGGAGCUGACGGUAUUCGACAUCGGGCACUUUGCUGUGUGGUGCGAGGCUUUCACUGUGGACUUUGGGCACAUCGUGCUGCCGCGCGCCGCGCUCGCCAACGUCCCUCCCAGCCUUAAGAUGCUGGGCGUCUCUCCGCAGUCGAAGCUGAACUGCGAGGUGCUGCUGGACGAGCUGGCGUUCGAGGUGCGCUGGGCGAUCGCCGGCGACAGCAUCGUGGUGCAGCUCGUCGCCAAGAUAGAGCAACCUUUUCUGAUGGCGGUGGCGAGGGGGGUGAGCCCGUUAGUGGAGGGGAUGUCAAUGAGCUCCGGACGCUCCUCUAACAUUGUCUGCAGCUGCGGUAUAUUAAGCUUAUCAGAUAUCAAGUGUGCAUAA